AUGCCCUAUGGGGAACUUUUCAAGGGGGCUGGAGUGGCUGUUUAUCAACCAACAGGGGGCCGGCUGGCUGAGGCUGAGGCCGAGGUGUGGCUGGAAGGGCUGGGGGGCAAGAGGAGCAUCCAAGCACCGAACAGCCUCUCGUUCGCUUUGCCUCCGCUUGGUGACGCGGCCCUGCUGACCGGCCGAGGAGCCCUGCCUCCCCCAAGGCCCUCCGUGUGCCUCAGGGGUCCUGGAGGCCAGGCCGCUGGGAAGAAGAGGACCGUGGAGCCAGCUCUAGGCCCACCGCCAUCCCUCCUGGCCCAGUGGAGUCCCUGCAGCCAGCAGAAGCGCCGGCCGUGCAAGGUCCUUGGCCAGGAGGAGCCCCGCUCGGCUCCCGUGGGAGCAGUGCUCACCCAGGAGGAGGAGGAGGGGGGCGGCCUCCGGGGGGAGGACCAGCCCUUGCAGGACACGCUGGGGAGGAGCCUGCGGGAGAGAAGGAUGGUGGAGCAGACACGGGUCAUCCAUCCACUCCAGCACAAGAAGGAGGCCUCCCUCCUCCAGAGCCGGGCCCAGGCCGCCCUCCUGGAGCAGCUGCAGGGGCAGGCCAAAUUGGAGCCGCUCCAAGGCCACCGCCGGCACCUGCAGCGGGAGCUGGACGUCCCCACAGGGAGCCACCAGGACACCCUCCGCCUGCUGCAGGGCCGCGAGUGGCCCGCAGAGGAGCACAGCCUGGACCCCGACCUCCUGCUGCACCAGUGCCAGAUCCUCCAGGACCAGCUCUCCUACUACGAGGAAGUGACACAGCGGCAGGAACUGGCGCUCUCCCAGCGGCAGGAGGAGGACCGGCACAGGCAGGAGCAGCUGGCCCAGGCAGAGCACAGCGUGAGUGUGCUGAAGAGCAGUCUGGACCUCUACAAGAAGAAGUACCAGGCCUCGCUGGGCAGAGCCGGGGAGCUGGAGAGCCACGUGCAACGGCUGGCAGAGGAGCUGGCCGGCCAGGCCAAGGAGGGGGACGAGGCUGCCUUGAAGCUGCAGGAGGACACCUUGGCCCGGCUGCUCCAGGAGCUGCUCGGCACCCAGGGGCGACAUCUCACCAGCCAGUGCGAAGAGAUCAUCCAGGAACUGCAGACGCAGCUGGCUGCCAGCCACACCAAGCUCCUAGACCAAAAGGAGGCAAUAGCAGACUUGCAAAGGGACCUUGCUGCCUACAAGGCCGCUCACACCUACUCCAACAGCAGCUAUGAAAGCCAGGUCCUUCACGCAGACUCCCUCCGGCAGAAGCUCCUGCAGGUGGAAGGCGAGAGCUCAGAGCACCAGCGGCGGGCGGAGGAGUACCAGGCUCUGGUCCAGGACUUGAAGCGGGAGCUCGCCAGAGUGGCCGAGCAGAAGCACAACACCACACAAGAUGUGGCUCACCUGGAGCUGGACAUCCAGAGCCUGCGGUUGGAGGCAGCAGCCAAGUGGGAAAGGCAGCAGCUGGAAGCGGAGGAGCGGCAGCAACGGGUGCAGCAGCUGGAGGCCGAGUUGCAGCAGAGCCGGCAGUGCUGUGCCCAGCAGGAGCAGGCCAUCCAGAAGCGGGACGAGGUCCUCCGCAAGUCCCAGCUGGAGAUCGUGCAUGCCCGCAGCACCCUGCAGGAGAAGGGGCGGGAGGUGGCCCUGCAGCGGGCUGGGGCCCAGCAACUGGAGACCAGCCUGCAGAGAGCCCAGGAGGAGCUGCAGCAGAGCCAACGGGAAUGCGCUGCUUUGCGCACGGAGGCACAGGCGCUGCAGCAACGCUUGCAGGAGAGCUGGGAGCAAGAACAACGAGCCGCACAGGAACUGGCGCAGCAGAAAGAGCUGGUGCUGCUCACCCAGAGUAGCCUCCGCCACACCCAAGAGGAGCUGAGUGAGCGGGAGGCUGAAGUCCUGCAUCACAGGCAGGCUGGCCGGCAGAUGGAGGCCGAGCUCCGGGGUCUCACGGACAGGGUCGCUGCUGCUGAAGCGGAACUGGAGCAGAAGAGAGGCCUGUUGGAAGACCGUACGGAAGAGCUGCGCCAGUCCAAGCAGCGGCACCAGGCGGCUGCGGAGGAGGCCAAGCGGCACCGGCAGAUGGCUGCCCAGCUGGAGCUGGAACUGGAGAGCAGCCGGGCCGGGCUGCAGGGGCUGCGGCAGCAGAUGCAGACCCAGGGGUCCACGCUGGAGGUGCUGCGUGCAGAGGUGAGCCAGCAGAAGCACCAGGAGGAGGACCUGCAGAAGCAGCUGCUCCGGGCCAAGGAGCAGGCCUCGGGGCUGGCUCAGGAGCGCAAGGCCCUGCACAAACAACUCCAGAGCAGUGAGCGCAAGGAGCAGCAGCGGAAAGGUCACAGCCUGCAGUCCGUCCUAACGGAGCGGGAGGCGGAAAACCAGGUCCUGCGAGAGCAGCUGAAACAGCAUGCAACUCAACUGGAAGCCGCCCGUGGGGACUGUGCACGCCUGCAGCUGCAGCUGCACCAGCAGGCGGCGGAGGCGCUGCAGCAGGAGGCAGCUCUGUCCCAGCUGCACUCGGAGCUGCAAGCCGCGCAGGAGAAGGAGCAGCAGAGCAGCCACUUCCUGGCCGCAGCCCAAGACCUCGCCCAGGACCUCCAGCGGCAGCUGGCCUCCAUCCAGGCCAGCCAGAGGGCAGCUCUGGAGCAGCUAGAAGAGAGAGGCCGGGAGGUGUCCCACCUACAGGCAGACCUCCAGCUCAGCCGGCACAAGGAGGCCCACCUGAAGGAAGAGCUUGCUGCCCACCAAGAGCAGACCCAGCAGCUGAGGAGCCAGUGCCAAGCCCUGCAGAGGCAGCGGGAGGAAGAGACCUGCAGCUCCGAAGAGCAGCUGGGGGAGCUGGGGCGCCGUGUGCAGCACUGGAAGGAGGAGCACCGGGCGGCCGAGCGGGCCCUGGCAGACAGAGACGAGGAGCUGGUGGUGCUCAGGGUGGAGCUGGCCACGCUGGAAGAGAAGCAGCACGCUGCAGCGGAGGAGAGAGAAGAGCUGCAGGCCGAAGCCCUCCUCUCGCAGCAGAAGUUUGUCAUCUCCAACAGGGAGGUGGAAGGCCUGCAGACCGCCCUGGAGGGAGCGCGUGCCGACACCCACUGCCUGCGCCAGGAGAGCGAGCGGAUGGUGGCCCACGUCACACAGUGGGCCCAGGAGCAGAAGCAGGUGAAAGAGCGGUUGGGCCACAAGAUCCGGGACCAGAUCAAACAAAUUGCUCAGCUGACGGGUGAAAGAGACCAUUUCCAGGGAUUAACAGAAAGACUCCAGCAGGAGAAUAAGCGGCUAAAAAACGAAGCGGACGAGUGGCGCAUUGAGCAGGAGCGCCUCAAGCUCUGGGGCAGCAGAAGGGGCGGCCCCGUCUACCACCACAAGUGCCGCUUGCCCAGUGCCAUAUGCCACCUAAGCGACCGGGGCCAGAGAGUGGCUUCCUCCGUGCCCACACCAGAGAGGGAGCAGGGCCCUCGCCUCAAGGUGGGACCAGCCCUAGGCCCCUGUCUGCAAUCAGCCACAGCUGGAGAGAGGACAGACUGGCAGCCGCCGAUCCACAUGCCAGGUCCGGCAGCUACAAUCAUGUGA